CACCUAAGCAUUUGCGGUCGCUCACCACGCACGGCGAAGAUGCAGCACCUAGGGAGCGCAUCUUCAUCCGGGAGUGGCGCUUCGGCGUCUCUAACGUCGUCAUCACACUAUCACGUUCAAGCGAGCGAACUUACAGGCUCUGUCCACGGCGUGCUCCUUCGUUUGGGCGACACGAACGUCCUCCUCAACUGUGGCAAUUUGUCGCCAACGUCUUCCGUGCCAAUUACGUCGUUCUCAUCAUUGGGCAUCGCUCCGGGCACAAUCAUCAGCGCCAUAUUGAUCACGGAUUGGCGUAUCUCGAGCAGCGGCAUGCUUCCAGCGGUGUUGUCGGCAUACCAUAACCACCAUAAUCGGAACAAGGGCAAGGAGAAGCAGUUCAAACAGCAAGCCACAGCGCCGCCAUCCGUGCCGCCUCCCACCGUCUUCUUGACCCACGCAACAAGAGCGUUGCUUCCACACAUUAUCAAAGAAUGCAAAAUGGACACGACCACCAACCCCAUCGCACUCUUGGCCGACAUGACGCUCGCGGCCAUGACGACCUUAUCCUUUGGCGAACCGCACGUUCACGUCUUGUCUGGCCAAAACAACCUCACCAUAACCGCCCAUCGCGCUGGCCACGUUGUCGGAGGAUGUCUGUAUUCGCUUGAGCUUGAUGGCAUCCAGAUUGCAUUCGUGGAUGGAGUCAACCUCCACGGGUCUCGCAUUCUACUUCCCGCACAACUCCCACCUCGUUCAUCGCAUGUCGCGAUCGUCAACAGUGCGUACGUCGUCGAAGUGUCGGAAACCCGCACCGUGCUCGAGCGCGAACUGUGCAAGGAGAUUCGCGACACGAUCUUGGCCAACGGGAAAGUGAUCAUUCCCGUCUUCGGUGUCGGGGCUUUCUUCCACGACUUGGUGGCGCUGCUGCAAGACUACUGGAGUGCCAUGCAGUUCCAGCACAUUCCGAUCUACGUGACGUCGGAGAGCCUGUUGGGGAAGGCAUUCUUGCCACUCUUUGUCGACUCGUACACUCCGUCCUUCGUGAAUCGAUCGGUCCAUGUCCCAGUGAAGAAAAUCCCCGACAUGAAGGUCCUAGAACCAAAGCGCCCCAUGGUCAUCUUCACGACCGGCGCGUCCAUCAGCAGCGGCGAUACCCAUCAAGUGCUUCGCGCUUGCGGCCACCAACCCGACAACUUGCUCGUGCUGUCUGAAUUCCGUACUCGAGGGACGGUGAACCAUGCAUUUCUCAACAACGUGGCAUGCCCAGACCUGACCAAGAGCUUCGUUGACUCCAUCGUGUGCCGCUUGCAUACGUUUCCAUGUGGCGAUGAAGUCGACUGCCGCGAAGUGGUCGAACUCGCGCGCCAGAUUCGUCCGUCCACGAGUCUCUUGUUGCGCGGCGCGGAUGCCAGCGAUCCGUUUCUGCUGGAGGCGCUGCGGCCGUUCCACUUGCCCGUCACGUCGCUCAAGGACGACGACGUGUGGACAGGAUCGAUUCCACGGGACCUGAAUGUGCGACUGCGGGGAAACCUGGCGUUCCAGCGCGGCGUUGUGCCGACGCUGUUGUUGGCCGAGCCACGUAAGACACUUUACUUUAACAACGAACAGAGCGGAGUUCGCCGGCUCAAGAAAAAGAAGCACUCCCUCGCGUUCGGCCAUACUUGGAAGUACCCGAAGAGCAACUUCUCCACGAAAUCGCACAAGGCCAGUACACACAAGAGCACGCCGUUCCGACUGUCGAUGCUGCUCUCGAACGAAGCCAGUGAGGACGAUGACUCGGACCAUGCCGAGACCGACGUCGAGGCGAACGUCGUGUACGUGGUGGACGCGAUUGUGUCGACGUUGCACCAGUGGCUUGGUCUGGACGACCACAAGCUCGAGCGACAACCCACGUGGCUGCGCGUCGCUACAGUUGAGGUGACAGUCACUACGGAUUGGAGCAUCACGAUGAACUGGUCGUACGAAGACGAAGAGCUGGCCAGCCGUAUCUUUGGGCUCUGCCAACGCGUUGUCGAGGCCCAGUACUGCGAUGCACAUCGUUAAAGAUGAACUCUCCAUUAUUCGCCUGUCUCCCGUCAGUAGAUGUGAUGCGACUUCUUUCAUGCAGUCCUUGGGAUCACUGCUCCAUCGUAUGGCAUGAUGCUGGUGUCGUCCGUGCGGUCGUCGGCGCGCAGCAGGC